CUGGUUUUAUAUUUUGACAAAAUGUCCAAAAAAAGGUCAAAAACGGCGGAAAACCGGAGCCUGCGUGCGGUGGUGCACGCGCAGCUGGCGGCGGCCGCGGAGGAGAUUUACCGUCUGCUGAAGGAGAGCAGUAGGCCGGGCAUGGAGCUCAGACAGUCGGGCAUGGAGCUCACACAGCCGGGCAUGGAGCUCAGACAGUCGGGCAUGGAGCUCAGACAGCAGGGCAUGGAGCUCAGACAGUCGGGCAUGGAGCUCAGACAGCCGGGCAUGGAGCUCACACAGCAGGGCAUGGAGCUCAGACAGCCGGGCAUGGAGCUCACACAGCCGGGCAUGGAGCUCACACAGCCGGGCAUGGAGCUCACACAGCCGGGCAUGGAGCAGCUCAGGCGGCUGGUCAUGCAGCUCAUCAACGCAGCUGUUAACAACAUCUUCACCGCCUUUGAAUCGAGCCGAGCGACCGACAGAGAACCGGAGGAUCCCGGGGAGAAGCGGGGAGUUGAGCCCGCAGAGUUGUGCCUCUCCGUCGGAGUUCAGAGUCUCUUUGAGGACAAACAUCUGAAGCAGGAAGUCUCUGUGGACAACCAUCUGAAGGAACCUCGGCCCGGCACUUCCUCCCAACCAGAGGACGUUUCAGACCCGAACUCUCAGCCCGACUCACCGGACCAGCCGACAGGAGACGAUGAAGAGGAAGACGAGGAGGCGACUUCUCACUGCUGCAGAGUGUGUGGAAAGUCCUUUGACAGGAAAGGCUUUCUGAUGAAACACGUGGAGAAACAUUUGAAGGAGGCAGAGUGUGUCUGCGGUCUGUGCGGCGAGCGUCAGGAGUCCAUCGACGGUCUGCGGCUGCACCUUCAGACGCACCGCGACAGCAGCCGGACCUGCGACGUCUGCGGCAAGAAGUUCCCGUCGAUCCGAGCGCAGGAGACGCACCUGAGGCUGCACACGGGAGAGAAACCGUUCAGCUGCCAUGUCUGCGGAAAAGGUUUCAACCAGAAGGGCAACAUGGUGACUCACAUGAGGAUCCACACGGCCGAGAAGCCGUUUAGCUGCACCAUCUGCAGCAAAGAGUUCAGCCACACUGGCUCUCUGGAGCGACACAUGAAGGCUCACAAUGGACAGUCGCCGUUCAGCUGCAACGUCUGUGGGAAAGGCUUCGGGAAGAGCGCCGAAAUGCGGCGACACGUCCGCAGCCACAAGUCCGACGAGCCACCGGCCGCCAGAAGCCGACGCAGAAAGCCGAGUCUCACUCCCUCACACUGCUGCAAGGUCUGCGGGAACGCCUUUCACAAUAAAGGUAACUUUGUGCGUCACGCAGAGACUCAUUUAAACGAUCCCGCCAGUCGCUGCGGCGUCUGCGGGGAGCACGCAGAGUCCUCGGAGACUCUGCAGCUCCACAUCCAGAGCCACAGAGAGACCAGCAGGAUCUGCGACAUCUGCGGCAUCAGCUUCAGGGACAUGGAGAUCCACAUGAGGACGCACACCGGACAGAAACCCUUCAGGUGUAAAGACUGCGGCAAAGACUUCCCCAGGAAGAGCUCUCUGGAGAGACACAUGAAGCUGCACGCUGGCGAGAGGCCGUUCAUCUGUGAGUUCUGCGGGAAAACUUUCAUCGAAAACACCGUCCUGAGGAGACACAUCAAGAGCCACACGGGAGGGAAGCCGAGGAUCUACUCCUGCGACAAGUGCGGCAAGAAGUUCACCAUGAGCCAGCAUCUGGACGUACACAAGAGGAUCCACACCGGGGAAAAACCAUACACCUGCCGGGUGUGCGGAAAGGACUUCCGCCAGAUCGGCAACCUGGACUCGCACAUGAGGAUCCACACAGGCGAGAAGCCGUUCAUCUGCAGCCUCUGUGGGAAGAGGUUCCGCCAGAAGAUCUCACUGGAGACGCACGAGCGCUUCCACAAGAAGGACAAACCAUUCAGCUGUCAGCUCUGCAGCAAGGGCUUCGUCCAGAAGAUCGACCUGAAGAGGCACAUGCUGACGCACACUGGAGAGAAACCCUACAGCUGCUCCAUCUGCGGGAAGAAGUACCAGGAGAAACGUUCGGUGGACUCUCACAUGAAGGUUCACUCUGGAGAACGGACCGCUAAAGACUCGACUGCAAACGUGAACCUGAAACAACCAGAGGGAGGUCAGGACUUCAUCCAGCUGUACUGGCUCUCUCGGUUCGUCUCGGUUCCUCUCGGUUCUCUGUCUGCAGUAAAGUCUAACAUGUUCUCGGUGCAGCUGCUGCGGGUGUCGGUCCAUGAGCGGAUCAUUGCUGCUGCUGAAGACUUUCUGCUGCAGGUGGAAAAAGGAGAAGAAACGUCAGAAAUCCCGCUGAGAGCGCUGCUCACCGAGCGGCUAACGGCGGCUGCGGAGGAGAUCGUCGGUCUGUUGGAGGAAACCGUGGCGGAGUACGAAGACAGAGUGGAGAGAUCAGAGCGGGAGAUCUGCCGCCAGAGGAGGCUGCUCGAUGCUGUGCUGAAGCCCGAAGUCAAGCUGCUCAGAGCCGAGCCGCUGCAGUCAGUGAUCUUGAACGACUCAAAUCUGCAGCAUCCAGUUGACCAUGCAGACCUCAAAGAGACUGAAACCAAACACAACGACAGCGAUGAUUCGUGUCCGCCGACACCUCGCUCCCCCUCACCCGCCGACUGUCAGCCCGUCUCACCAAGCGGCUCUGUUGUCGACAGCGAUCUGGACAGUGACUGGACGGAAGAGCAACGUUCCAGGACAUUGAGACAGCCGAGGAAAAAGAAGAGGGGACGGCCGCCGCUUGGCUUGGCAAACAAACGAAAGCUGUCGUCUCCGUCGCAGAGAUUCUGGUGUCAGGUUUGUGGACGCGCUCUGCAGGGGAAAGGCUUCCUGCUCAAACACGUCCUGCAGGUCUGCGCCAAAGACCCAGAGUGCCGCUGUGGUUUCUGUGGCGAGCGUUUAGACUCAGCUGACAGCCUGACCACUCACCUCCAAACCCACCAGAAGAAGAGUAAGACCUGUUCAUUCUGUGGAAAGACCUUCCACUCCAUCCUAGCGCAGGAGCUGCACGUCCGACUGCAUACCGGAGAGAGACCAUACAGCUGCGACGUCUGCGGCAAGAAGUUUAGCCAGAAGGGCAACAUGACGUCACACAUGCGCGUCCAUGCCGCAGAGAAACCCUUCAAGUGCAAAGAGUGCAACCGGGCGUUCUGUCACAUGUCGACUUUGGAGCGACACAUGCUGGACCACAGCGGCGAAGUGACACUCAGCUGUGGCGUUUGCGGUGAGGAGUUCAGUGAGAGGCGACUCCUGCGCCGACACAUGACGAGUCACCAGAAGGACGGGCACAUGAGGAUCCACGCUGGAGAGAAACCUUACAGCUGCAGCUUCUGUGGAAAGGCCUUCAACCAGAACAGCAGCCUGAAGACGCACCUGAAGAUACACACAGAGCCGCUGCAGUCAGUGAUCCUGAACGACUCAAAUCUGCAGCCUCCAGUUGACCCUGAGGACCUCAAAGAGACUGAAACCAAACACAACGACAGUGACGCUUCGUGUCCGCCGACACCUCGCUCCCCCUCACCCGCUGACUGUCAGCCCAUCUCAGCGAGCGACUCCAUCGUCGACAGCGAUCUGGACAGUGACUGGACCGAAGAACAACACUCCAGGACAUUGAGACAGCCGAGGAAAAUGAAGAGGGGACGGCUGUCGCUUGGCGUAGCAAAGAAACGGAAGCGGUCGUCUCCGUCGCAGAGCUUCUGGUGUCAGGUGUGUGGACGCGCUCUGCAGGGGAAAGGCUUCCUGCUCAAACACGUCCUGCAGGUCUGCGCCAAAGACCCAGAGUGCCGCUGUGGUUUCUGUGGCGAGCGUUUAGACUCAGCUGACAGCCUGACCACUCACCUCCAAACCCACCAGAAGAAGAGUAAGACCUGUUCAUUCUGUGGAAAGACCUUCCACUCCAUCCUAGCGCAGGAGCUGCACGUCCGACUGCAUACCGGAGAGAGACCAUACAGCUGCGACGUCUGCGGCAAGAAGUUUAGCCAGAAGGGCAACAUGACGUCACACAUGCGCGUCCAUGCCGCAGAGAAACCCUUCAAGUGCAAAGAGUGCAACCGGGCGUUCUGUCAUAUGUCGUCUUUGGAGCGACACAUGCUGGACCACAGCGGCGAGGUGACACUCAGCUGCAGCGUCUGUGGUCAGGAGUUCAGUGAGAGGCGACUCCUGCGCAGACACAUGACGAGUCACCAGAAAGAAGCCAGCGACAAACCCAGAAGACUUCGCAGCUCGGCACCGGCGUACCGCUGCAAAGUGUGUGGAGAUGCUUUCGACAGGAAGAGUUUCUUAGUGAAGCAUGUGGAGACUCAUCAGCAGGACCCGAGCCGCUGCUGCGGACUCUGCGGACACCAGUAUGAGUCCGCCGACAGCCUCGCCAAUCACCUGCGAUCCCACCAAGAGAUCAGCAACACCUGCCACAUCUGUGGGAAGAGCUUUCCUGCUCACGGAGCGCUGGAGAUGCACAUGAGGAUCCACACUGGAGAGAAACCUUACAGCUGCAGCUUCUGUGGAAAGACCUUCAACCAGAGCGGCAACCUGAAGACACACUUGAAGAUCCACACAGGUGAGCGGGCGUUCUUCUGCAGCCUCUGUGGGAAAGGCUUCACCCAGAAACAGACUCUAGACACACACGUCCGCUUCCACAACAAGGAGAGACGCUUCCUGUGCCAGGUAUGCGGGAAGGGCUUCAUUCAGGACGUGGACCUGAAGAGACACAUGCUGAUUCACACUGGAGAGAAACCGUAUAGCUGCAGGGUCUGCGGGAAGAGUUUUCAGGCGAAACGCUCGCUCAAUGGACACCUCAAAGCGCACGCAGCAGGGGACGGUCCGGGCCCAGAGCAGGACUGCAGCCCAGAGCAGAGGAGGCUCGACAACUUCUGCUUGGUUCAGCUGUAGUCUGAAACUAAAACCUCUUCUGGUGUUGACUCGUAGAGCUGGACUCAAACCGAUGACUUUAAACUCUGUUCCUCUAAGUUCAGUAACAGUUACUAGUGCUGAUCUGGGAUGCAACGAUUAACAGAUUUCACCAUUUAAUCACUUUUGAAACAUCACGGUUUUGUGCUCACUGACAAAAAAAGGGACAUUACAGUAGAUUAUUUUUUAUGAACAACAGUCAUACGCUGAGGAAAAUUGAACA